AUGUCAUCUCAGUACAAGUACCAUUACGAGCCAGCUAAUUCAAUGGCCUCACGUCGCAUUAUCGAGGAGGACUCCUAUCAAACAACACCACGAGCAUCCGAUACCAACACCAUCCCCUUAUAUGGCCAAGUGACGUUUGACCCAGAGCUCGUCGACACGCAGCUCAAAGAAGAGAGGUUAAGGAGAAAGGUUGCUCCUCAAGAGUCAGAGAAAAAAGUAGACACUACUGCAAAGGCUGAGGUCUGA